CUCCCAUCAUAAUCUACCCCUCCCCAUGGACGUCACCGACAAAGGGGAAAUUCUUACCGCAAAAAAGCACAUCGCCCGCACCGACGGCUACCUCGACAUCCUCGUCAACAAUGCCGGUCAAGUGGGCCCUUGCUCGCAUUGGAUGAGCGACAACGACUCGGUAGGAAAUCAUGAUCCCGAAUCCUUCGGCAUGGGCCUUUUCCAGGAGGACCAGGGCGAGUGGGAAGACAUAUUCGCCAUCAACGCCUACUCGCCGUUCUUCGUGACCAGCGCGUUCAUGGGCUUGUUGGCCGAGGGCGCGACGAGGCACGGCGCGUGGACGGCGAACGUGAUUAAUAUAACGAGUAUGAGCGCGAGCAUCAAAGUCUCGCAGGGCCAUUUCGCGUACAACGCCGCCAAAGCCGCCAACACCCACCUCACCAAGAUGUUCGCGACCGAGCUCGCGCGCCGCAAAAUUCCCGUGCGCGUGAACGCGAUCGCGCCCGGCGUCUUCGAGUCGGAGAUGACGCGGGACCUGCUGCAGGAGAACGGGGCGGACAAUGUGGCACAGGGGAUGCAGCCGGUACCGAUGGGGCGUGCAGGAGGCGUGAACGAGAUGGCGGGUACUGCGCUCUGGAUGGCCUCUUCGGCUGGAGGAUAUCUGAACGGGGAGGAAAUACUCAUUGACGGCGGGUUUACGACGGUGAACCCAUCGCGAUACUAGGUCCUACAUGAUGAGGG